CCCCGAGAGGCGCGGCACCCCCGCGCGCGCCGCGCGCGGGGCCGCGGCGGCCGAUGGCGGUGUGCGCGCGGCGGCUGCGGGGGGCGUGCCUGCUGAUGUGCCUGCGCGCCGGGGCCGAGGCGCAGGACUCGCCCGUGCCGUCCUCGGGGCCCUACCCGGUCGGGGAGAUGCUCGCCGCCGCGUCGGACUUCCUGCACGUCUCGGCGUUGAGGGCCCAGGGCGGCGGCCUCUCGCGCUACGCGGGCGAGGCCGCGGCGCUCCGGGCCGGCUGCGUGCCCGAGCGGCUGGGGGGCGAGUGGCGGGCGUGCUUCCAGGCAUCGGUGGACGUGAUGCUGCUGAAGACGCGCCGCGGCAUGCAGAAGGGGCUGCAGGACGUGGCCGGGUGCGUGCUGGCGCUGCUGGACGCGGCGGAGGCGGGGUGCUCGGUGUCGCGCACCUUCCAGGCCCUCCGGGAGCAGGCCGCGCGGCUGCAGGUGCUCGCCUCGGCGCGGAGCCUCGCGAGCCUGGACGCGAAGCACGUCAGGUACGAGCCGCUCAAGUCGCUGACGAUCGCCGACGUGGACAUCCACGUCGAGCUGAACGAGCUGCUGGGCGCGUGGCAGAUGAACAACGGCCCGGUCAGGACGGGGCAGGGGCUCGCCAAGUUCCUCGGCCAGUUCGCCAGCGAGGAGGAGGCCCAGCAGCCGACGCCGGCGGCGCAGGCCCAGGAGCCCACGCCCGCGACGCCCGCCGAGGACCACCGGCACCACGCGAAGACGGCGCCGCAGUUCUGGGCAGACGCCCUGAACACCGCCUUCGAGACCUUUGGGGACAGGUCGCGGCCCGUGCUCGCCGGCUGCGUCAGCGAGGAGGCCCUCCGGCAGUUCAGCGAGAGCUUGGACGACGCCUUCUUCGAGAGGAUGAUGAGGAGGACGCAGGCCGGCAUGCAGGCGGGCCUGAAGGCGGUGUCCAGGGACGUGCAGGCCUUCCUGGACCGCGUGGAGGCCGCCUGUGCCUCCCUGAAGGGCGCCAGCGGCGCCCGGCAGACCAGGGCUGCCGCGGCUCGCCUGCAGGUGCUGGCGACGGCCCGGAACCUGUUCCGGCCCAACGCACAGGUCGGCUACGCCCUGAGCGCAAGGCGGAUGAAGACAAGGAGCAAUCACGAGAACGAGAAUGCGACUGAUAGG